CAGCCCCCUGCGGGGCGGGCAGGCUGCGGCCCCCAGCCGGGCCGGGCCGCACCCCCAGCAGCCCCGCACAUCUGGCUGCAGCCCUGGGCCAGCUGUGCGGGCGGCGGAGCGCUCCAGCGGGCGGUGCUGCGGCCCGGCUGGAACUACUUUCCCCCCCCUCCUCCCCCCAACCACUGCCAGCAGCAGGCGACGCCGGCUGCCGCCUCAUUGUGUGUGGGGCACCGAGGCGACCGCCGCUGCCCCCGCUGCCCUCCCCCUGGGCAGAGCCGGCCGCGUGCAGGGCCCUGGGCCAGACCCCCGCCUAUUGCAGGGGCUUGAUUCAGGAACCCAGGUGCCCGGGCCCUGCCCCCCUCAAGUAAAGGGGGACUUGGGGCAACUUUGUUGGGGGGGGGGGAGUUGAAGGUAGAGACCCCCCCCGCCCCAUUAUAGAGGCCCCCUCCCCCCGUUGGCUGGGGGGAGCUCAGCGUGCCAAGCGCCCCGCCCCCUCCAGUCGUGAGCUCACACGCGUGUGCCAGGCCGGGGCACGAGGGCGAUGCCGUCCGUGAUGGAGAAGCCCAGCCCGGCCUCUGGGAUCCUGUCCCGCAGCCGGGCCAAGACGGCCCCCAACGGGCACCAGCCCCCGUCGGAGGACGAGGGCAGCGAGGAUGAGCACUCGCACGACAGCAUGAUCCGGGUAGGUGCUGACUACCAGGCCGUGAUCCCUGAAUGCAAGCCAGAGAGCCCCGCACGCUACAGCAACAAGGAGCUGAAGGGGAUGCUGGUCUGGUCUCCCAACCACUGCGUGUCUGAUGCCAAACUGGACAAAUACAUCGCCAUGGCCAAGGACAAGCACGGCUACAACAUUGAGCAGGCACUGGGCAUGCUGCUAUGGCACAAGCACGACGUGGAGAAGUCCCUGGCCGACCUGGCCAACUUCACGCCCUUCCCAGAUGAGUGGACGGUGGAGGACAAGGUUCUGUUCGAGCAGGCCUUCAGCUUCCAUGGCAAAAGCUUUGCCCGAAUCCAGCAGAUGCUGCCGGACAAGCUGAUCCCCAGCCUGGUGAAGUACUACUACUCGUGGAAGAAGACGCGGAGCCGCACCAGCGUCAUGGACCGCCAGGCACGGCGCCUGCUCAGCAAGAAGGAGCGCGAUGACAGCAAUGACGAGAUGGAGGAGGGCCGGGCCACCAGCGAGGGCGAGUUCGAUGUAGGGGACCCCAAGAAGGAGCAGGGCUGUGGAAAGGCCCCAGGCCGGGCGGGGCCAGGGGCAGGGCUGGGGGCGGGGCCAGGGCGCCGGGACCCCGCCCCCUCGCAGUACCGGCAUCACGGGCUGAGGCAGCGGCGCCGCCCACCCCGUGGCAUGUACCUGAGCCCCGAGGCCCUGGCUGGCGUCUCGGCCAACCCUGACCUCGGCACCCUGGCGCUGCGCCAACUCGACGCUCAGCUCAUCGCCCUCAAGCGCCAGGUCCAGUGCAUCAAGCAGAUCAACAGCAGCCUCAAGCAGGUGCUGGACGGCGGCAUCGACAAGCUGCGGCCCCCGGAGGGCAACAGCAAGGUCAACGCGCGCUGGACCACGGAUGAGCAGCUGCUGGCCGUGCAGGCCAUCCGGCGCUAUGGCAAGGACUUCCAGGCCGUGGCCGGCGUCAUCGGCAACAAGACGCUGGCCCAGGUCAAGACCUUCUUUGUCAGCUACCGGCGCCGCUUCAGCCUGGACGACGUACUCCAUGAGUGGGAGGCUGAGCGGGGGGGGGCCGGAGCGCCCCAGCCGGCCCCCCGCCCCCCGCCUGAGCCAGGCAGCAGCGAGGAGGACGAUGAGGUGCAGAUCACGGCCGUGUCCCGCUCGGCCCCACCCCCACCCGUGGCCCCGCCCGCCUCGCUGCGCCCACCGCCGCCCUCCACCGCUGCCCUGUCCCAGCCGCCCCCGCUGCUGCGCCCGCCGCUGCCCACAGCGCCCCCCCUGCACCGCCAGCCGCCCCCACUACAGCAGGGGCGGCCCCUCCAGCCCCGCCCUGCCCCCCACCAGCCCCCACCCCCCCUCAUCCGCCCCGCCCCCUCCCGCCCCCACGCCCGUGGGCACCAUGCCCCCGAUGCGCCUUCCUGAGCUUGCUGGGGCGAGGGGCAGGAGCCCCCCACUGCUCCUGGCUGGGGGCACGGGGGCAGGACAGAGACAGCACAGGGGCAGGGCUUGGAGGUGCCCCCCAGGACAGGAGGGCGGGGCCACUUGCAGCCCUACCCCAGGAGCUGAUGGGGUGGGGCUGCCCCCAGGGGGCGUGGGGGGUCAGGGCACAGGGGUUUUGAAAGGGGGUUUUCAAUAAAGGUAUUUUACUACA